AUGUCAGUUCCCCGAUACUUUACAUUGAAUAAUGGAGAAAAAAUCCCAUCUAUUGGUUUUGGGACUUUUGCUCCCGCAAAUGUUGUAGGGGAUGCUGUAUGUCAUGCAAUUGAAAUUGGAUUUCGACAUAUUGACUGCGCAAUGCUUUAUGAAAACGAAAAAGAGAUUGGCGCUGCAAUAGCAAAAAGCAUGAAGUUGCGAGGACUUGAUCGUGGUGACAUAUUUGUUACCUCUAAGGUAUGCACACGAUGUGUCCAAAGACUUUCAUUGAAGCAUCUCGGACUAAAAUACCUUGACCUCUACCUCAUUCACUUACCUACAGCUUUUCACACUAAAAACAUGGAAAGUAAUUUGCAGCAGCGGGCUAUGGAAGGACUAGUUGCUGCUGGUUUAGUCAAGUCGAUUGGUGUGUCCAACUUCAACGGGAAGCAAGUGGAUCGAAUAUUGGCAGUCUGUUCAAUCAAGCCAGUAGUAAAUCAGAUUGAGGUCUCUGUCAACUGCAUGAACAGGAAGUUGAUUGAACAUUGUCAGUCGAAGAAUAUUCAGGUGGAAGCGUAUGCCCCAAUCGGAUCUCCUGGUAUACCUUCACUGUUGGAAGAGCCUUUUGUCAAGAAAAUCGCAACCGCCCACAAGAAAACGCCAGCACAGGUGCUACUCCGUCAUGCGUUGCAGCGUAACCUCGUGGUUUUAUGCAAGAGCGUGACACCUUCGCGCAUCGAAUCGAAUUUCGACGUAAGUCCCGGCUUCUUCUACCAUAUCUACUAG